GAGCGGAGGCGGACAGCGGUGGGUUGGGCUGUGAGGUGGUCAAGAUGGCGGCGCCCUGUGGAGUGGAGCUUCUCUAACAGAGGAGCCUGGAGAGUGUAUCGGCCCCACGGAGCCCUCCAGCCCGGGCCGGUAGGCAGGCAAGGACACCUCCCCCCCCCCCCCCCCCCCCCCCUUCCCCGAGAGAGAGACCAGCCUCCGCAUCCACCUCCUCCACCACCUCCACCUCCACCACUGCCAGCAUGGCUCGGGAGCAGCCCAACGUGUUGGACCUUCUCCCCCUCUUGGACACCUCGGACCUCCGCUUGCUGGAGGAGACCAGAGGCCUUAUCAACGACCACCUCAACGCGGAGCGAGGGUCCAUGCUGCUGAACGGACUGGUGGACUACUUCCUGGAGACCAACUCUGCCCAGGCCAUGCACAUCCUGUCGUCUGUGAGGGAGCCCCAUGACAAGCACCUCCUGGACAAGAUGCACGAGUGCAUGACCAGACAGGCGUGCCGGCUGCCCACCCUAACGCUGCUGGGACAUGUAGUUCGUAAGCAGCCCUCCUGGAUCCACAAGAUCAGCCGCUACCCCCUGCUAGUGUCGCUAAUCAAAUGCCUCAAGACGGACUCCGACGUGGUGGUGCUGAUCACCGGCGUGCUGGUGCUGAUCACCCUAUUACCCAUGAUCCCUCAGGCUGGGAAGCAACACCUGGGGGACUUCUUUGACAUCUUCAGACGCCUGGCCUCCUGGAACCAGAAGAACCCUGGCCACGUGUCGGAGGUGUACAUGAUCCACCUGCACGCCGGCGUCUACUCCCUGUUCCACCGGCUGUACGGCAUGUACCCCUGCAACUUUGUCUCCUACCUGAGAGCCCACUACAGCAUGAAGGAGAACAUGGAGACCUUCGAAGAGGUCGUCAAGCCGAUGCUGGAGCACGUCCGCAUCCACCCCGAGCUAGUGACGGGGACCAAGGACCACGAGCUGGACCCCACCAGGUGGAAAAAGUUUGAGGUCCACGACAUCGUGAUUGAAUGUGCCAAAGUGUCCCUGGACCCCAAGGAGGCGUCGUGCGAGGAGGGCUACACCACCAUCCCGGAGAACUUCUACCCCUACCACCACCUCCGCUGCCUGGACCGCACCGCCAGCCCCCACACAGACCUCCACAGUAGCUAUGGAAGUUCUUCUUCUACACCUUUCUCCACCCCAAGACAGCCCCUGGCCCCGCCCCUGUCCCUGCCCCCUUUUUCCGGGACCCAGUCCUCCCAGCGUAGCCCGCAGUCGGCCAGGCGCCAGGACUCCAGUGGGGACCUGAACCCCUCGUGUGGCGGGAAGGACCCCCUGUGGAGCCCCUCCUCCCUGUGCGGCAUGGCCACGCCCCCCUCCUCCAGGGGCAUGUCGCCCAACCUGGAGCUGUCCAGCAGCGCCUCCCACCUGUCCACCCGCUUCUACUGUACAUCAGGAGGGAAGGGAACCCCCGCCUCCAGCACCCCGGCCACCUCCUCGCCCCCACCCACCCUCUCCGACGACUACUCCCUCUCCCUCCCCACCAGCUCGGCUCAGUCCAGCCCCCCCCGGAAGGAUCGGAGAGGCGCGGGAGAGGCAGGGAGGCAGGGCCUGGUGCGGCAGGAGCACGUUAAGGACCCCGCCAGGGACCUGGAGAAGAGCGGAGCCGGGGGGGGGGAGCUGCUCACCAACAGAGACGCAGGAGGCGGGGAGAACAUCUCCAUGACGCUGACGGAGCUGUCGGUGUUCAUGAAGAAGCAGGAACUGGACCUCCAGCUGAGGACGGAGAAGGAGAAGGAGGAGGCCGCCAUCUCCGAGGAGCUCCUGAAGCUGACCGAGGAGAAGCGGGACCCUUCGGGCCUGCGGGGCUUCGACUCCCCCUUCUACCACACCACCGAGACCCUGACCGGCCGCCGGCCCCCCGACAAGACCCCCCCGCUCUCCCACGCCCAGCCCGGGGGCCACGCCGCCUCCUCCUCCACCGCCGCCGGCCACCCCCUCCGCACGGGCGUCUCAAGCCCCGACAAGGCGGAGAACCCGGCCUGCACCGGUGGUCCCGGUGGAGGUGGUGGAGGAGGAGGUGGUGGGGGGGAGAGGUGCUUGGAGCAGUCCUGGUCGUUCCCGUCCUGCUUCACCCCCAUCGACCACCACCUCCACCGGAGCCCCUCUGCCCCGGCGGAGGAGGGCGGCGGCGGGGGGGAGGGCGGGGGCUCCAAGUUCUCGGGCCUGUUCUCGCCGAGCCGCCGCAGCACCGCCCCGGCGGGCUCGGCCUCCUACGAGCCGCUGUUCGACCUGGCGCUGCCCCGCCUCGCCUCGCUCUUCGUGGGCCGGCGGACGUCGGAGGCGGUGCAGCAGGCGUCCCGGGGCCGGUGCUCCCAGCUGGAGGAGGGCUUCGAGGACGGGGGGGAGGAGGGGGAGGAGGAGGAGGCGGUGGCGGCGUCGCCUCUGGAGGUGCUGGAUCGCCUCGUGCAGCAGGGGAGCGACGCCCACGAUAAGGUGCUCAGGAGAUUGCCUCUGCCAAGCAAGUCAGCUGACUGGACUCACUUCGGAGGUUCGGCGCCGCAGGACGAGCUGCAGACGCUGCGCAGCCAGCUGCUGCUGCUGCACAGCCAGCUGCAGUACGAGCGCCACAAGAGGGAGCAGCACGCCGUCAGGAACCGCCGCCUGCUGCGACGCAUCAUCAACGCCACCGCGCUGCAGGAGCAGAACAUCGCCAUGAAGGACCAGCUGAGCCUGCAGAGUGUGGACGUGCUCACCCUGAGGGAGAGCCUGCAGGUGGAGCAGCAGAGGUACCGCCAGCUGUGGGAGGACCGGGAGACACUGGUCACCCGGCUCCACUGCCAGGUCAGACAGCUGCAGCAGACCAGGGACGACUACUACACCAAGAACCAGGAGCUGCAGGGGAAGCUGCAGGAGUGCCAGAAGAAGACGGACAGGCUGGAGGCGGAGCUCCAGAAGGCCAACAACAAAGUGUGUCACACCGGACACCUCCUCAACCAGAUGAACAUCAAGCUGAGCAGCAGCGAGAGCACCCAGCAGCAGAUGAGCUUCCUCAACAAGCAGCUGCUGCUGCUCGGGGAGGUCCACCGGCUGGCCGCUCUCGACGCCGCGCACACCAGCCCCCACAACGCAAAGGAGAGCCAGAUGCUCCAGGCGGCGUGCGGCCACGACGUGGAGCGUCUGCGGCAGGGCCUGGUGCUGCAGGGCCAGAAGCUGGAGGCGGCGCAGCACAGAGUGGUGGAGCUGGACACACACCUCUCCAAGAAGGAGCACCUCAUCACCGAGCAGAAGAAGUUCCUGGAGGACGUCAAGGGCCAGGCCAAGUCAGAGCUCCAGGCGUGCGAGAGCCGGUACCAGGCCCAGCUGAGGGUCACCCAGACCCUGCAGACGGAGCUGCUGCAGCUCUACAGCCGGGUGGAGAUGGAGGCCUGCAGUACCGGCGCCUCGCCAGCAGGGGUCAGCGCUCAUCCACACUCUUCCACACAGACCAGUCCUGCAGCAUCGGACAGAGCGACCAAAACCAACGGCGGCGCCCAAGAGGCCCCGCCCCCGCCUCACGACAGUCCGCACAGCAACGGCAACGGCAGCACUUUAUCGCCGGGGCAACCCAAGACGACCCACUCCGCUUCCAAGCCGGCCGCGGCGUCCGCCGGCGUCGCCGCGGUCACCAACGGCAACCAGGACGCCCUGGCGCCGCUCCUGAUGGAACCGCCCGCUUCCUGCUCCCACGGCAACGCCCUCCCCCGCCGCCCCCCCGCCGCCGUGCCCCUCCUGGUGGGCUCCUACCCCAGCGCCAAGAGCAUCCUGGGCGCGCGCGCCCGCGAGCUCUUCCGCAACAAGAGCGAGAGCCAGUGUGACGAAGAGGACGGCGACGGGGGCCGGCCCCCGCUCGCCGGCCUCGCGCACGGCCUCAAGACGGAGCUGUGCGUGGAGGCGGCCCCCUCCGGCCUCCACGCCCUCCCCCUCGGCUGCGCCCGGCCCCCGGACCCCGCCGCCAAGCCCCCCGCCGAGCCGCGGCCCUCCGCCACCAAGCGGCCCCGCUCGGCGUGCCCCUCGGGACCCCCGGCCCCGGCCGCCCAGGGGCCGUCCCUCCUCUCUCUCACUGUGUCCCCCAGGCAGCAGCAGGCCGAGCCCAGGAGGCAGCGCAGCGGCAGCGGUGGCUCCGGGCAGGACAGCCCCAGGAGGAAGGCCGGCCCUGGGCGUGGUGGUGGAGGUAGUGUUGGUGGUGGUGGUGGUGGUGGUGGAGGAGGCGGCGGCGGCGGGGGUGGAGGUGGAGGUCGGGCCCACACCAGCGCAGGCAGACCCAGGCAGCAGCAGCUGAAGAUCAUGGACUACAAUGAACCCCAUCAGGAGCACAGCUAGAACUGAGCCAAUCGGAGGAGAGGGAGGCCAAGAGUGUGGGAGACCGGAGAGGAAAGGACAGAAGAGAGAGGGGGAGAGGAGGUAGGUGACGAAUGGAAAGAGGGAGAACAGAAUAGGGAGCCUUGGGUUACAAGAAAGGAGAGGGAGAGGAGUGUAGAUGGGAGGGGGAGAAGAGGUAUAAGCUAGGAGCAGACGGAAGAAGAAGGUAGAGAGAAGAGCGCGAGUCGAAGAAACCACAGCGAGCAGAGCAGAGAUAUGUAGGAAUUAGUGGAGAAGUUUGUGGGAAACGGCUACAAGCGUACGUCGUCGAGAGAGAACUUGUCAGCCGCUCUUUUGAAUCAGUGUUAUUCGUUCCAUUCCUCAGAGUAGACAACAGGAUUCAGCCUCGUUUUGUUUUUACUUUUAAUUCAUUCCUCGGGAGGACUUUCCAGUCAGACUGCGUACUGUGUUCCCGCUAGACAGACACCAUUACCGCUUCUGAACAAAGAUUAUCCGAGCCCAUGCCUUGUAUGUUCAACAGAUCAACUGUACUAUAGACAAUAGAUGCAUACUAUUAAUAUUUUAACCUUCACACAGUGUAACAAAUUAAGAUGUAAAACCGGAGACAUUACGUUUGUUGUAAUUUUUAGGCAUUGCAAUAACAAAAAUAAUCCUGCAAGAGAUGGUUUUUGUCAUACAAGUGUAUGAGGCUCCUGGCUCACUGUGCCAUGAACCACGCAGGCUCAAGUUCAGAGUCCCACAGACCAGCGGUUUGUGUCUCAGCUCAGAUGGACGACCCAACCGGUACAGGUUGUUAUGAAUGAGAAAAAAAAAUCCAAGCUAGCUACAUUCCCCCCUACAACAAAAUGAGAAGGUAUUUUUUAAGUAUUGUUGUGGAAGAGUAUAUGUUUUGAAGGAUGCACUGGAGCGUUUGAAAGUGUUUUGCAGAUAUGUUGUUGUAGCGUCCGUUGCCAUCAGCGGCUCCAAGGAUUCAGCAAAGAUGCAAUAAGUGAUUUGUAUAAAGUUGUAUUUAUUAAGCCUUUAUUUAUACAGGUACCAGUCGGCACAUGGAAUGGCCCCUAGUCACAUCACAGCUCCUGAGUUAAAUCAAACAUGCGUUUAGCAGAGAUUUAAUAAUGUCAGGUUGUUUGUUUUUUUCCUUCCCUUUUUAAACAUCUUUUUGGGGGUUUCAUACCUCCUGUCAAUCUUAAAGUGCCAAGCUACCUUAACAAACACAGACCAACAUGUUGAAAACGAUAUCGGUACGUAACGCAAAGCCGUUUUCGUUUUAAUAGCGAGUAUAUUCCAUGUUUGCUUGGAGUCGCCAAGCUCCUAAGUGCAAAGAGUCGGAGCACAGGGGUGAAGUCUGCUUAACCUUUAAGGCCUGUCGGUACAGGUUGUUACAGAGGCUUUUUGGCUCAUUUACUUUCCGUUUUUCAAUAGCAUUAUUUUUAAGGAAACGCUCACAAGCAGGUAUUCCUCCCUCGGUCAAAUCCUGUUGUCCACUACUCCCAAAAAAAACAACCAUUUGCUGUAGUUUGAUUGCGCGUCGCUAUCUAAGAGCAUGUUUCACCAUCCACAGUCAACGCCAACCAUUGUUAAACUACAGCAGGGCCAAACUGGAGGUACCGCCAGCACACACACACUGAUGAGAGGAGACUCCGCGAAGGUGACGAAGGACACUAUGGAGGGAAAAAUACAAGAAGUUCUGAAAGUUGCAGUUGCUUGUGUUUAACUGUGAACAAUAAAGGUCGUCGUCAAUGUUUUGCACUACAA